UCGUGGCACGAGUUGCCUUUGAUUUUGUAAUUUGUUCCACGUUUAAAAAUAGUUCGUUCACUUGUCGGUGCUCCGACGGUGUUGAUGGAAUGUUUUACCUUGGAUAUUCUUUGAGAAAUUGUUUGCCAUUAGAGAAAAAAAUACUGUAUAUUAACCACAAGAAGAGUUUCCAGAUCACGAAAUGUCUGUAAGAAGUUCAGCUCACCAAGCCUUUGGCACCGAUGGCAGUGACUUUUCUCACAGACAAAAAGUUGCAGCACAAUAUCAACUAAGUGUUAUCAAUAAGUCAAGGCUGAAAUGGUGCAUAUUUUUUCAUUACCUCCUAUUUUUUGUCAUGCUGGCUAAAUUGUCGGCUGAUAUUUUAGAUUUUUUGGACAUAUUUAUUUUAGAAAUAGAGGAGCUGCAAAUACCACAGGCCCUGAGGUGGGAGUGGAUAUGGUGCUCGAGUUUGCCGUUUUCAUACCUCGGAUUAAAAGCCAUAAAAGAAAAUGGCAUUAAAAGGAUUAAACAAUAUAUGAUGAGUGUAAUUCUUUUAUGUUUUUGUCCGAUUCUGUACGCAUUGAUCUAUUAUUCCAAAGACGUUUGGAACUACUUAAGCACUGAUGAAGCGAAAAACAUCCAACUGUGGCAGGGUUUGCCAUACGGACUUUUAUGGUAUGGUUUUAUUCUACUAGCCUCACAAGUACAUUCGUUCUCCCUCUAUUUCUCUUGGAAUCUACUAUCAGCCUGGAAAGCUAAAGGGAUGAGACAUUUAAACUAAGCCAACUGAAGUCUGUAAAUACAUUUUUAAACCAAGCAAUUGAACUGGUGAAAAGACACAAAUGCAAAUAAAAGGAAUAUACACAUUCGUAUAUUUAUGUGAUAUUAGUUAAUUAAGAAUAUCUAUUGCUCACUAUUAAUAAAUAACAUAAUAUA